AUGUUAAUCAACCGUUUCACGUUGACAUUCUUCGCGCUCGCCGCAAGUGUCAACGCGCUCGCCAUUCCUUUACACUCUCGUCGCGCUGACAAUUUCGCCUCCACAACUGAAGACAAUGGUGCCUCUGUAGCAGAAAACAAUGCACCCAAGAUCGCCUUACCACCUCAAUUGCCUCCUUCAUAUGUCCCAAAAGGCGUCACCCCAGCACUUGCCUCACCUCCAGCAGGCGCUCCAAACACAGACUCGUCAUCUCAACAAUCAAAAGCAUUCUCUCCACCAACAGAGCUAGUAGCCGAUAGUGCUCAAGUGACUACACCAGCUGGUGCUGCUGCAGACAAGCCGAUAAUGGGCAAUAGUCAAACAGCUAAAUCAGCAACAGAUACACCAACAGGCGACAACACCAUCCAAACAACCAAACCAGAAACGGGCACACCAGAACCCAACGAUGUUCAAGGAACCUCCCCGACAUAA